CAGAUACUUAGUACGAAGUUGGCAAUUUUUUAACAAAACGUUUAUUCGAUAACGAAUGAUUUUAGUGUUAUUUUCCUGAGGUUUCCUUGUGAUUUUGAAUUUAAAUAUAUUUGUGGUAUACCGAUUUCUGUAUAAUGCACUCUUGGACAUAAAACUUUUUUUUUCAAACAUCACAAAUAAUUCUCAAAAACUUUCUACCACUACAUUUUUAAUAACUACAAAUAAAAAGCAGUGCAAUAAAAACAAAAUUUGAAUUGAGACCGCGUUUUUCAUCCGCGCUCGUGAUUUUCCGGGGGUGUUCGUGCGCUCUCGGGCGCGUAAUCGGGUGCGUGUCGUGAUUCGAGAUUCGGUCGGACGAGUUGAACGCGGCGGGCGGGUACACGGGAUCACCGUGGCCGCCGCUGGAACUCGACCCCGUGGGAUGGGGACGAAAGCUGUACCCUUCGGGAGCCCCACGAUCUUCAGGCGGACUGAUGUUCGGCCUGCACCACCAGGAGGCGGCGGGAGGCAUCCACGCGCAGCCCCGGGGCCCCGUCACCUCGCUCAAGGAGGAACCCCUCACCAGGGCCUGGAUGACUCCCACUUCACUAGUUGAUAAUACCAACAGCGUAGGCGUGGGUCGAGCGCACUUCGAGAAGCAACCGCCCAGCAACCUGCGCAAGAGCAACUUCUUUCACUUCGUGGUCGCGCUGUAUGACCGGGCGGGACAACCGGUCGAGAUCGAACGCACCGCCUUCAUCGGGUUCAUUGAGAAAGAUCAGGAAGUUGAAGGGCAAAAGACGAACAAUGGCAUCCAGUACAGACUUCAAUUACUUUAUGCAAAUGGUAUUCGACAAGAACAAGACAUAUUCGUGCGACUUAUCGACUCAGUUACAAAACAGCCAAUCGUGUAUGAAGGACAAGACAAGAAUCCAGAAAUGUGCAGGGUAUUACUUACUCAUGAAGUUAUGUGCAGUCGGUGUUGUGACAAGAAGAGUUGUGGUAACAGAAACGAAACGCCUUCCGAUCCAGUCAUCAUUGACCGGUUUUUCUUGAAGUUCUUCCUGAAAUGCAACCAGAAUUGUUUGAAGAAUGCUGGGAACCCUCGAGAUAUGAGGAGGUUUCAGGUGGUAAUUUCAACCCAAGUGAUGGUGGACGGUCCUCUCCUAGCGAUAUCAGACAACAUGUUUGUCCACAACAACAGCAAGCAUGGCCGCAGGGCGAAGCGGUUAGACCCAAGCGAAGGUACAGAUGCCGCGACUGACAGUACUUCAGGUCUAUACCCUCCGCUACCGGUAGCCACGCCGUGCAUCAAGGCGAUAUCACCGAGCGAAGGCUGGACGUCCGGAGGGUCCACAGUUAUCAUAGUCGGAGACAACUUCUUUGACGGCCUGCAAGUCGUGUUCGGAACUAUGUUGGUUUGGAGUGAGUUAAUAACAUCGCACGCGAUACGAGUGCAGACGCCGCCGCGGCACAUACCUGGUGUCGUGGAAGUCACGCUGUCCUACAAGAGCAAGCAGUUCUGUAAGGGCGCUCCGGGGAGAUUCGUUUAUGUUUCAGCGUUGAACGAGCCAACGAUAGAUUACGGCUUUCAGAGGCUACAGAAACUUAUACCGAGACAUCCCGGGGACCCGGAAAAAUUACCUAAGGAAAUAAUACUAAAACGAGCAGCCGACCUAGCAGAGGCACUAUACUCGAUGCCUCGGAACAACCAACUAGGGCUGGGCGCGCCUCGGUCGCCGCCCGCGAGCAUGCCUUUCAACUCCUAUAGUGGGCAGCUAGCCGUCAGCGUCCAGGAUACCGCUGCCUCUCAGUGGACUGAAGAGGAGUACGCGCGCAGCGGCGGCUCGGUGUCGCCGCGGUACUGUUCCGCCGCCUCCACCCCGCAUGCGGCGCCCGCAGCCUACCCGCAUCCGCAGCACUACCCCGCACCGCCGACCUCGCUGUUCAAUACUACGUCACUGUCUCUAGGACCGUACCAUCCAGCGAACAUGAAUGGACACUUAUCAUCUGACCGUCACUAUAACGCGUAUAAUACGAAAGAUAGCGGACAUUACAGUGAAAGAAAUGGGAAUUCUAAAAGCCUGGCCGACUGUCCGGUAAACAUUCAUACAAAAUGCACCGGCAGCGAUAUGAAAGGGGCUCAGAAUAAAGAGACUAAGCUGAGAAGCGCCUUUGCCGUUGUGAGGCAGAGUCCGCCACGGGUUGCCAAUGAGCAUCAUCAGAAUUGGCACCACCUCGCCGUUCAGUGAAUGGGUGGCUUAGUAUCAUCGCCGUUCAGUGUGAAUCCGUUCUCGCUGCCAACUUGCAGUGCUCAACAGUAUGCUCAGACAGCCCCCCUGGCUUCCAAGUAGCCCCCACUACCGUAUGUUAACGAUGGUCAGUUCUUAUAGUAAGAGUGUUUAUUAGCCAUGUAAACCGGUACCUGUAAAAGUGUAAAAUUCAAGGGGCAACUUUUACCGCUUUUGUUUUUGAAUGUAAUGUCUAAAGAUUCAAGCGGGAUAGGCGGCAUUGUAAAUAUUACUGUAAUUUUAAUGUAAAUAUCAUAGAUAAUAAAUUAAAUUCACUAGUUGGGUUGCUAGAUUGGAAGUAGCGUAGAUUUUAUAUACAUAUGGAGGCUAAGUAACGUCAACUGCUCAGGACGAUUUUAAAUAAUAAAAUAAUCAUUGUAUAAAGUGAUUCUGUUUACGUUUCCCUGUUAAUGUGUGUCGAUUUUGUUCUUGUAAAAUCUGUGAUAUAUUUAUUGUAAGUAAAGUUGUAAAUUUAAUGUAAAACGUAAAACUUGUAAAUUUUUCGACUCUUAAAUUUAGAUAGCGUCUCAAUCGUUUUUUUGCGCUUAGGUUACGAAUUCGGACAUCGAAAUAUUUUACCGAAUAUUGAUCAUAUCUAGAAAACAAUACAUAUCCAUUGAAUACGAAGCUUGGGAUAAUAUGUACAACGAAAGAAAAUCUGAUGCCGAAAUGAAUGUAUACGAAAAAAAUAAAAUAUAUCUUCUCUGGUUCACUUUGCUUAGAUUCACGCAAAACGAAUUGUAUUUUGUGAGAUAACCUCCGUGAAUAUAUUAUGUAGUACGUAUUAUUGUUUAACGCAACCGUGUAUCAAUAAGACAUUGUAAAUUGUAAUCGUUCAUGAAACAAAUUAUCACGAAAUACGAGAUUAAAUUACGUAAAUAAUUAUAAA